CCAAGGCACCAGUUUUUGCUGGUGGUAGUUUGGCAAUUAAAGAUCAUCCUGUAAUUGGAGGAGCAAUGGCUUUGGUUGGCUCAGUCGCUGAGGAAAAACUGGAAGAAAGAGAUGAAUUAUUCAAAGAACUGUUUGGAAAAUUCCCAAAAAAUAUAGAAUUAAAAAGUGAUAUUACUAAUAGGAAAGAUACUAGAAAUUUCAUUAAAAAACUGCAAGAAAUUAAAAGUCUUUUGCCUGAAUUUCUAAAAGAAGUAAAAGAAGAGGAAGAUUUAAGGAGUAUUUUGAAAGAAAUGUUGGAAAAAGUAUCUGGCAAGUCAGAAGACAAUCAAGAGGAAAAAAACAAGGAAAAUACUCAAGAAAUCGACUUAGACAAAUAUUUUGAAGAAGAAAUUCAAAUCCAAAUAGAACAACCCCCUAAAUAA